AAAUGCAUUGUGGAAAAAGCGAAGAAGAAGAUCACGUGACGUCAUUUCAGUUUCUCGAUCCAGUAGUCUGUUGUUAGGCAUUUUCGCCUGGUUAUUGCGCUUUGUUCGCGGUCUAUUUUAACGAGGGCUGAUUUUAUUGUGACCGCGUCUUAGUAUAAUGUUUUAGCUCUUUCUGCUUUACCGUUGUCGGGUCACUGUUGGAUGCAAAUUCGGAAGAUGGCGGCGGUGCAAAGCAGCAGUCCGGUCGCAGACUCGUCCCAGGGAGGCACAGCCGCGGGCUCCGAGCGUCCCCGAGCCGAGGAUGGAUCUGAGUCUGAGAAACAGAGUCGUAUAAUGACACUGCUAGAAAGGCUCUAUUGCAAACACAGCUCAUCCAGGUCCUGGCAGGAGACCAGCAAAGUGAUACGGCAGGCAAUGGAAAAGCGUGGAGCUGUUAAUACAGGUGGACACCAGCUAUUGCUCAACUGUUUAGAGACACUGCAAAGGGCAUUAAAAGUUUCUACACUGCCAUCAAUGACAGAUCGCCUGGAGUCCAUUGCUCGACAAAACAUGUUGGGAUCUCACCUGAGUCCUUCACAUACUGAAUGCUAUAUCACCUCUGAUAUGUUCUACGUUGAGGUGCAUAUGGAUAAAAGUGGAAAGCUCAUGGAUGUAAAAGUGGCCCACCAUGGUGAAAAUCCUGUGAGUUGUCCUGAGCUGAUACAGCAUUUACGAGACAAGAAUUUUGAUGAGUUUUCCAAACACCUGAAGGGUCUGGUCAACCUGUACAAUCUCCCUGGAGACAACAAAUUAAAGACAAAGAUGUACUUGGCACUUCAGUCACUGGAGCUAGACCUCACAAAGAUGAUGCAUAUGUUCAGGAUUGCCACUAAUGCUAACACUGUGGAGACCAUACUUCACGGAAGUGUGGGUCUGUUGACGUCGAGGAGUGGUGGCCAUUUAGUAUCUCUGCAGUGUUAUGUUUCUCCAAAUGACAUCUUUGAGGAGGAAAAAGCAGCCCAUCUGAACACUGAUGUCAAUAUCCCCCAUACGUUAGGUGUGAGUGUGUCAGUGACUGUUGAAGGCACAACAUCAGUUUACAAGCUUCCCAUUGCUCCACUAAUCACAGGAUCCCAUCCAGUUGACAACAAAGGAACUCCAUCAUUUUCUUCCAUAACAAAUUCAAACUGUGUAGAUUUGCCAGCGUGUUUCUUCCUGAAGAUGAACUGCUUGAUGCCAUUUUCUUUAUCAUACAUUAAAAAAAUGGGCAGUACUACAGGCAUUCCUGUCUUUGAAACUGCGCCCACCUUGUCCCCACUAUAUGAUCUCAUCAUUAAGAGUCAACUCCGUGAGGAGGGAGGUGCCAGCCCCCCUUCGGCUCAAUCAAUGCGUUUUUAUGCAUCUUUACCAGGACAGCAGCACUGUUAUUUCCUAAAUGGUGAUGCUCCAGUACAAGAUGGAAGGUCUCUUCAAGGAGCUUUGGUUUCCAAGAUUCCCUUCAGACAUCCUGCUCAGGUGCCUGCUCUCCUUGACAUUAUAAGACAUCAGGCUGCUUACAACACGUUGAUUGGCAGUUGCGUUAAAAAGGCCUGCAUUAAGGAAGCAGAUACUCCUGGACUGCUGCAGUUUGAAGUGUGCCCACUAACAGACUCAAGCUUUAGUGUGUCCUUUCAACACCCUGUAAAUGAGUCACUUGUUUGUGUGGUGAUGGAGGUCAUUGAUUCGAUGCAGGUAGCCUGCAAACUCUACAAGGGUUUAUCUGAUGCUUUGAUCUGCACUGAUGACUUCAUUACUAAAGUAGUCCAAAGAUGCAUGUCUAUUCCGGUGACUAUGCGUGCCAUACGACGCAAGGCAGAGACCAUUCAGGCAGACACACCAGCGUUGUCCCUUAUAGCUGAAACAGUGGAAAUUAUGGUGAAGAAGAACUUGCCCCCAACUGGCAGCCCAGGUUACAUGGGAAUGGGUACAGGGCCAGAUGGAAGUAACCCAAUGGGUCUCCCUUUAAAUAGUGGAAACAACAGUGUUGUGUGUGUAGGGGGGAAUGGAUCUUUCCAAGGUCCAAUCACCUCAAUGUUCAACAUGGGACGUACUGGUCAAGGAAGCUCGUGCAUUGAUACCAUGGGACAGGUUGGAGGUCAGCAGCAAGCAAUGCAGCAGCAACAUCAACAAUCUCAGAGCCAUGGGUCAGAUGACUUUAACAAAGUCACUCAGAAUCCAAUUCUAACCAGCCUUUUGCAAAUAACAGGCAGUGUUGGGUCCAGUCCUACUCCCCAGCAACCUCAACCCCACCAAACACCUCCAACAACCACCUCACCAGCAAGCAACACCAAAAACCACCCUAUGCUAAUGAACCUACUGAAGGAUAAUCCAUCACAGGAUUUUGCUGCAUUGUACAGCAGUAGCCCUCUAGAAAGACAGAACUCAUCUGGGUCUCCACGGACUGACAACCAAGGCCAGCCUUGCUCUGGGACCAAGGGCAAAAAAAAGCGUCUGAGGGGCUCUGAUAAAGGAGUAAUGGGAGCAGCUGGGGGAAUGAGUAUGAAACAAUCUCAGCAGCAAGUGGUAGACAUGACACAACAUCAUCACCUCACAAGCCACUCUGAAGAUGAUUUCCACCGAGAGCUUUUUUCUAUGGAUGUAGAUGCCUCCCAAAACCCGAUUUUUGAUGUUAGUCUUCCAGGUGAUGGACUUGACACUCCACACAGUAUCACUCCAGCUCCAAGUCAGUGUGGAACACCACCUCCAGGUCCCGGAAUGCAAUACCACCCACAAUGUCAUGUCCAGCCUCAGAUACAAGUCCAGUCACAAUCACAAGGAUCCAUUCCUCGAAUGGUCCGCCUCUCCAGCUCUGACAGUAUUGGACCUGAUAUUAAUGACAUUCUUUCUGAUAUUCCUGAUCAAGCCAACAAAGGAAGCAAUAUCGGUCAUGGACAGCAUCUUAUGACUAGUGAAGAUGGAGGUUCCUUGGGAACCCCAGUCCGGGACUCUUCCAGCUCUGGCCAGGGUAGUACAGUGUUUGAGGCAGACCUGUUUAAUACAAAUAGUAAUGAAAAUCCCUUUACUGAUGCAGCAGAUUUGAUUGCAGAAGCUGCUACUGCAACAACACCCAAUAGUGAUACUUCCUCAACUAACUUCUUCCCAGACACAGACUUCAACCCAGAGCUUUUAUCUGGGCAGGGAAGUUUUUCACAGACCUACUUUGAAGACAGCUCUCCCAGCCCUGAUCCAGAUCUUGAAUUGGUUAAAAGUUUCAGUGGAGGAAGUCAGCAGAACACUCCUACAGGCACACCUCAGAAUCCUGCCUCACAUGGCCAAAAUACUCCUGAGACUUCAUUAAAAGACCCUUUUGAAAUUGGUAUUUUUGGUGGAAACGGUGGGGGAGGAAAACCAUUAAUGGCUCCAGCAUCAGAUAUUGCAGACUCGCACCAUGCUCAUACUGGUGGAGGUCAAAGUCCACUUAUUGGAAUUGUUGUUGCAGGUAAUGAUUUUAAAAAUGUAGAUGCAAAGGCUAAGCAGCAGCAGAUGAGGACAAAAGAAGAUCAUGUUGGAGGCAGUUCUGGACAAGGAAUGGUUAGUGCAUGCUCAUCUGAAAUGAAGCAGGUAAAGCGCAGUCGUACUCCUUCAAGUGAGGGAAAAUCAAAAGACAAACCAGCUAAACGCAAGAAGCUGGAGCCAGAUGCUAAGUCACCUUCACAUAGUGCAGGGGGUCGACCUUACACUCCACCUUGUGGAAGUGCCACUUCUGUAGGUUUAGUAAGUACUGGUGGAUCUAAGUCCCCUGGGAGUGUAGGUAGGUCUCAGACCCCACCAGGAGGUGCUACUCCACCAAUCCCUAAAAUCACUAUACAAAUACCCAGAGCUUUAACAGGAGGAAAAACAUCAUCUCAUGGAGGUUACACAUCUAGUAGCUCAACAAGUGGUGGUACUGGUAAUACAAUUGGCACAAGCAAUAGCAAAAGCCAUCAUUCCUCUUCAUCUGGGAAGAUAAAAAGUAGUAAACUUGAAAGUUCUGUUGGGCAGGGCAAUAUUGCAAAACAAUCAAGUGCUGCUGGUACUGGAAGUGGUAUACCUUCUCAAUCUAAAGUGUCUUCCAUGGGCAUGGGCACAGGCAAGCCAUCUUCUUCUCCUAUUACGAAGCAUGGUUUGUCAAGCUCGGGAGGUGGUGGCAGCAGUGGAUCAGGAAGUGGAAUUAAAAACAAACCUCAAGGUGGUAAGCCCCCUGGCUCACUCAUGAACCCCAACAUCAAGCCCAACAUAUCACCCUCGCACUCUCGUUCUGGAGGUUCUGACAAGCUGUCAUCUCCCAUGAAACAAGGCCAAGUACCUGGGACCCCACCCUCUUCUAAGGCUAAAUCCCCUAUUGGCUCAGGCAGUGGAUCAGGGGGCAAUAAGUGCUCUUCGGGUGGUGGAGUUGGAUCAAAAUCAUUAAGCAGCAGUUCAUCCAACAGCGCUUCUACAUCCUGUGCUUCCUCCACUGGCUCCUCGUCAUCUGGCUCUAUGCCCUUUUCUUCAAAUGGUCAGUCACAAUAUGGAAGCAGUGGUGGAAAUUGCAGUGGUGGAGGGGGUGGUGGUGGCUGUGGAAACAACCCAAAUGCAAAGGGUAAGUCCCCAAGCCGAAACAAAAAGCCAUCUCUUACAGCUGUCAUAGACAAACUCAAGAGUGUGGGAAGUGGGGGUAAUGGUGGGGAGGAAAUUGAAAGUUGUGGUGGUUCAAGUGGAGUAGGGCAGCAAAAUACUGUUCCUACAUCCUCAAAGCAUUCUAUGUCCUCCCAAGGAGGUGAGUUUUUGAGCAAACGAGACAAGAUAGACAAAGAUGGGAAAUCCAAGAUGUCUGGAUCAGGGGGGAAUUCAAGUGACAAAAAGAUGAUUGAUGCCAAAAGUAACACAAUGACUGGUACUGGUGUGGCAAAGAUUAUUAUCAGCAAGCCAGAAGGAGGCUCUCCAAGCAUUAAAUCUAAAGUAACACUUCAGAAACCUGGGGAAGGUUCUGGUGAUGGUGGCAUUCGUUCCCAACACUCAGGCCACAAAGCAUCACCUCUAUUUAGUGGUUCUACACCAAAACAUGACCGCAGCUCCCCAAGCCACAGCCGUUCUCCUGGGUGUACACCUAUGAAUCCAGACAGUGAGAGUGAGUCAGGUAGCAGUUCAGUUGCUGAAAAGUCACAUCAGAAUAGUCCUAGCUCUGAUGAUGACCAAACUAUGAGAUUACACCAACCAAUUCAAGACUACAUGAGCUCCAUAUCUAUUAGCCAGAGUGAAAAACACAAAAAGCAUAAAAAAGAGAAAAAGAAGCAGAAAGAUCGUGAAAGAGAUAAGGAGAGAGAUAAGGAAAAAGAAAAGAAGAAGUCAAUGUCUUGUGGGCCCUCACACACAGUAAAGACAGAUAAUUGGUCUAGAUCUCCUAUAUCUUCAGAAACAUCAGUGUCAUUGCUUAGCUCUGAGCGUUCAUCACGACCAAGUCCUGUGUACAUGCAUACAGAGGAUGAUGAUCUCAUGGACUCUGCCCUAACAGGCAAUCUAGAACCUUUCAAAUAAAUAAUGACUUAAUGGGAUAAAUUAACCAAAAUCUAAAUUAUCAUUAACACAUCCUUCAUUAAGAUCAUUUGAAAGUACUGGUUGCUGGGAAUGCUGCCGUUGACUUUUUAUGCUGUUAAAUUCCUUUAUUUAUAUAUAUAUAUAUAUAUAUAUAUAUAUAUAAUGCACACACAGGGGUUGAACAAUGAAUCUGAAAACCCUAGUUUUAAACCACAAUAGUUCAUUACUAUGGUGUACGGUUUCAUUUUGUGGCCAAUACAACAUCAAUUAGACUUGGACAUGACAUAAACAGGUCUUGCACAGUGGCCAGAGUGAGCAUUUUUAUUUAUUUAUUUUUGCAGAAUAGUGGCGUGAUGCUGGUAGAGUAAAAUCUUUCCUAACUUGCUCCUCCAAAACACUCCAAAGUGGUUCAGUAAUGUCUAGGUCUCGUGUCUGUGCAGGCCAUGGGAGAUGUUCAUGUUCAUUUUCAUCCAAGCACUCUGUCACCCGUCUUGCUGUGUGUAUUGGUGCAUUAUCAUCGUAAUAUAUGGCACCGCCUUCAGGAUACAGUGUUUGAACCUUUGGUUGCACAUGGUCCUUCAGAAUGGUUUGGUAAUCCUUGGCAGUGAUGUGCCCAUCUUGCACAACUAUUGGGCCUAGAAAAUGCCAUGAUAUUUCAGCCCAAACCAUCAUUGAUCCACCACCAUGCUUUACUCUGGGUUUGCAACAGUCCGUGUGGUACACUUCUUUGGGGCUUCACACCUUAACUCCGGGAUGUGAGAAAGACAGGUGGACUCGUCAGAGAACAAUACAUGUUUCGCAUUGUCCACAGCCCAAGAUUUUUGCUGAUGGCACUAUUAAAAGCAAUGUUUGGCAUUAGCACAAGUGACCAAAGGAUUGGUCAUAGGAGCCCGGCCAUGUAUAAUGACCUUGUGGAGCUCCCAACGACCAGUUUUAGAAGACACAGGAGAGUUGAAGUAAACAUUUAAUUCUGCAGUGAGUUGGGCACCUGUAAUUUUAUGUUUUUCAGAUACAAUCUGGGUUAGAACCCAGACAUGCCUUUCAUACAGCUUUAUCUUACAUUCGGAGUUACUUCUGAAGGAUGGGGUUCUUCCUUCUCAGUGGCAUGCUGACAUUCCCCUAUAUACUGUGGCUCUUGAUACGUCAUAAAGACUUGUUGUCUUGGUCACAGAUAAACCAGUGAGAUGUGCACAAAUUUGUCCUCUUAUGAACUCUGAUAUGUCACCCAUAACAUUGUCUGCAUUGCAAUAUUUUAAGUAAAACUUUGCCAUUGCUACUUCCACACUAUGCUCGUAUUAGUGGAAUGUGUAGUCAAUAAAGAUUGGCCACCAUAACUAAAUUGGCUAGUUUUUCAGUUUCAUUGUCCAACCCCAGUAUGUGUGUGUGUACAGUGUAAAAAAAUACACCAGUAACCUUUUGAAACGCUGUUAUUAGAAACAGUGAGUUGCAAAUGAUUUACUUGUGAACUUAAAAAAUGUAACAGAACAAGAAGCACACAUGACACAACACUAAGGUCUGUUGUUUUUCUGAGUAAUUGGCUAAUGAAUUGAAAGAUGUGUCUUGUAAAUACUUGCAGUAUAUAUACUUGGGUGGGUGUUACAUUGCUACAUUCACAUGUAAAUAAUUCAAAUGCAGACAUCACUAUUGCUAGUGUGUUUAAUGGAAAUUAAUUCCGGAAUAUCUUCAGACUUUUUAAGAUAUUUUGCAGCUAUUUAGGUUGAAUUGUUAAUUGUUUUUUUUUUAUCUAGUUUUUAGAUUUAUUUUAUUUUUUCAAAUGAUAUAGUAAUAUUGCCAAAAUGUAUCAUUCAUGGAGUUAUUUAGCUUGCUUAACAUGAGAAUAUCUAAAACAAUUCUUUGAUUUUAGUCUUUUUUUAAUUUGAUUUUAGUAACCAUGUUGUUAAACAAGGAAUCUUGAAAAAGUGUUUUUAAUUAUUAUACAUUUUGUUAUUGUUACUUUUUACACUGUCAAUAGAUAAAAAAAAAUGAGUGUAUCAAUAAUUGAUUUUAUUGUUUGGUUUGAUUUGGGGAUUUUUAUGUAAAAAAAAAAUUUUAUUAGACUGAAAUAAAAGUCAGUUCUAAGUUAU